CGGCAAGGUCCUCAUGGACGCAGAACAACAAUCAAGCCAUCAAUCACAUGCAUGUCGCAAGCUCUCGGCCAAAGACGCGACAGGUCACGGUCACAUCUCUGGCGGGGAAAGUGCCCACUGCUUCCGCUCGACAAACCUCGCUUUGCCCCCACCAUGUUCAAUGCAAGGAAUGCUGAACUGUCGCCCAUUGUGCAAAGCUAAGUCAACAUUCGUGACAAUGGAAUGUAAACGCCCUCUCAUCGAGAGCUCGAAUAAGACCAUCAUGCCUCUGCCCAAUUCCUCUCCUCUUGUCUGCUUCGCGACAGCACCCAAUAAACAUGGCCAUCCUUCAUCUCCUUCUGGAUCUUCUGGCCUUUCUGCAGCCCAUUUCUUUUGUGCUCGCUAUCAUCUGGAUCUUCUUCGACGUCUUUUGGCUCAUCCGUCCAGACAACAAGGCUAGAGGCAUUUUCGCGACACCGGGACGCCUCACCAAAGUAAAGCAGAAGGGAUGGCGACGAAUCUAUGCCUGUGUUUACCUGCCUCUUGCUGCCUUCAGUGCUGUGAGAGUCAUAAGCUAUCAGAACACAUACAUUGAGAGCGUUGACCUCUUGCACAGUCAGAGAGGUCACCCUCAAGCUUUCUAUCCUCGUUUCUUCGAGAAAUGGGGACAUUUGGUGCCUCAGAUGUUCCAGAUGAUGCACCUCCGCGCCUGGGCUGGCGAGGUUAGUAAAGAUUCGCGACCAGAAUGGGCCUACUUUGUUUGGAAUGCACAACAAUAUGCCGCCGGCCUGGUCACCUUCGCCUUCUUCCUUAUAGUCCAGUCUCGCGUGCGUCCACUAAAGUUCUUCACGAUCCUUACUUUCAUCUGGAUAUCCAUGACAAGCUUGAGCUGUGCCCACUGCUUGCUCUUCUACUUCAUACUGGUGACCCCACCACUUCUGCACGGAAAACGCUACGUGUCGGAUUGGCUGCACAAGAUGACAGCGUUCUUGACCAUAUUCCAGCACCUUGCGGCAUAUUCACUAAUGCACACUCUCAACACCGCCUCCUACCAAAAGUACUUGCUAUACAUGAUGGCUGUUCCUCUGACUGUCCCUAUCAUUGCAUUGCUCUUGCCUAAACAACCCUCGUACAGAUUGAGAUUUGUCACCCUCCACGAAGCACAAACCUACGUUUUUCUCACCAGCGGUUAUGUUUCUGCCUUCCUGCACUUGUACUCAACCUACACCAUCUGGUGGAAAGCCGUUGAGACUGACAUCAACAAACCCGAUUAUCGUCUUUAUCCCAACCAGGCCGAUGCUAUACAGCGGGGAAAUGAGUUCGGCUGGUUGUGGUAUAAUCUUUCAGCUAAAGACCCAUCAUUCGGUGCUAUAACCUGGGAUGUCUUGUUGACUCUUGCAUCGCUCUUGAUCUGGACCUUGGUCAAUCGCUCCAGCUAUUGGGGAAUGGUCAGAAGCUCCUUCUCCUGGUUGGUCAGGAGUCACCAGAUGCCAAUUUGGGAUGGCAGUCAAGAUAUCGUCGAUGAUGGCCGGACCAGAGCUGAGAUGAGAGCACUUCUCCGCAACGAUGACUUGUACCCGGAGUUGCCGAGGAGCCAGAUGACAGAUGCGGGAAUGAUCGCGGAAUGGGACGCUAGAGCUGAGAUAGGACGAGCAGUGGCAAUGAUUCGCGAACCACCCAUGCCUUACGAGCCUAGCAGACUGCCAGGCUGGUUGCAAACGGUAUGGAGUUAUGUUGGGGAAGUGGUACUUGCCGUCAUCUUAUUUGGUAUUGGUGGACUUGGAUGGGCUUCGGCGGCAGUGCUUGGAGCAGGGCCAAAGAAAUGGCCUGUACAUUGAGGACAUCCUUAGAGUACUACACUGGUUUCAUGACGUCGGGACAUGGCCAGCGUAGCCAGCAGGGCCAAUGAUGACCAAGCAUUUAUGGUUGAGGGUGUCACCCUGGCUUUGACAUGGAAAUCGUCUUGUCGUCUUCUGUCAGUCGCCAGAGCCACAUUCAGGUACGACAUUGGUAUCUGCGAUGGCUUCACUAGAUUAUGCUACUGUUUGCAACCGAUAUCUCAUGUCGUCGUUGUGUUACGAGUCUUUCU